UUCUCUUCGUGUUUCUGGUUCUGGAAGGGGCGAUAUGUUGCUCCUUUUGCACCUUCAGUCAAUCGAACCCUUCGAGUCUCCUCCUCUUCCUCGUCUCGUUCCUUCGCACCGAUGCAUUUCCUCUUAGGAGUACCGACUUCGUUUGCCUACAGUGACGAGAUUUUGUUUCCUUUCUUUUUGACUUUUAGGGCUUGUGAGCGUAUGAAACACCCACAAUCCUCCUCAUCAAUUGAUGGUUUGCAACUCUCGGUGGCUCUGGGUUCAUCGCAUUGUUGAGUUUAUGUGGCGCGGCUUUCUGGGUCCUAUUUUCUAGAGCUUUUUGGGCGAAUUAGGGUGAUUUUGUUUUUUUUUGUGGGGUGGGGUUGUUCAGUCUUUGUGCUUGCAGGAUUUCUGUUGCUAAUCAUGGAAAUACGAGAGGGGUUGGUGUAUUUCUUUCUCAAGGUUGGGGUCGGAAGAUGACGUUGUAAACGGUUGAUUAUUGUUGUUGUUGCUGUCUUGUUGGGAGUUGGGGUGUUAGCUAUUUGCGUUUUUGGGGGGUUUAGGGUUUAGGGUUUCGGGUUUCUGUUACUCAUGUUUCCCGUGUCCCAGAAUAUUGUUCGUCAAAGUGAAGUCGGGAGCAGUGUAAGGAAGUAGAAUUGGUCCAAGUGUGAUGUACUGUUCAUUCGAUUAGCUCAUGGUCUUGUUGCUCUACCGUGAUUUCAUGGUUAUCGUGUUAGAACUCUUCAAGCUCUGUACAUGUAUGCGGAAAGAUCGUCUCUGUGGAAGAAUUCAGCUGAGUGAUCCGGCGCAGAGUGGAGGGCCUCCGAAGGGCUAGCCUCGAAUAUGGGCGACGAGGUUAAGAAUUAUGAGCCUUACAAACACAAGCUUACACUGACAGGACACAUCAAACCCGUAUCCAGUGUCAAGUUUUCUCCUGACGGAAAGUGGGUGGGGAGUUCUUCGGCUGACAGGACUGUUCGUAUUUGGAAUGCGACGGAUGGAAAAUGCGAGCGUUCUCUCGAAGGGCACAGCAAAGGCAUAUCUGAUCUUGCUUGGAGUUCUGAUUCGCACUAUGUAUGUACUGCCUCAGAUGACAAAACCCUAAAACUCUGGGACGUGCAUACCGGAGAAUAUGUGAAAACGCUUAAGGGUCACACAAAUUAUGUAUUCUGUGUGAACUUCAAUCCUCAAAGCAACGUGAUUGCUUCAGGAUCAUUUGACGAGACUGUGCGCUUAUGGGAUGUGAAAACUGGAAAAUGCUUGAGAACCUUGCCCGCGCACUCAGAUCCCGUUACGGCGGUUCACUUCAACAGGGACGGUUCUUUGAUUGUAUCUAGCAGCUACGAUGGCUUGUGCAGAAUUUGGGACAGUGCUACCGGGCAUUGUUUGAAGACUCUCAUUGACGACGAAAAUCCACCCGUCUCAUUCGUGAAAUUUUCACCCAAUGGAAAGUUCAUUCUGGCUGGCACACUCGACGAUAAUCUGAGAUUAUGGGAUUACAACACCGGCAAGUUUGUGAAAACUUACACGGGACACAAAAACAAGCAGUUCUGCAUAUUUGCGACAUUCUCCGUUACAAACGGGAAGUAUAUCGUAAGUGGCUCUGAGGACAAUUGUGUCUAUCUCUGGGACCUCCAAACACGGAAUAUCACCCAGAAACUGGAAGGCCAUGCAGAGGCUGUGCUUACCGUCUCCUGUCACCCAGUGGAGAACAAGAUUGCGUCAGGUUCGCUAGACAGAACGGUCAGAAUAUGGGUGCAAGACGAUAAGUGAGAUGUACAUUUCCUUGUAUCAUAUUCAUCUCUAGGCUAAAGCGCGUCUAGUUAUCUCCAUGCGAGUAAGAUCAAAGAUAAGUUGUACAGGAGGCAAUGAGUCAACGAGGCAUUGGUCUGUGGGCAAUGUCCUUUGUACGAUUCAACCUGCGAGAUUCAAUGUUAAUGUGUAUUCAGUUGGUGCGCUUCCCAACUUGGAAUAGAAGUCUGCCUUUUUCCAAAAACUUCGUGCUCGAAUGCUCCAGGUCGUAUUUGCAGCUGUGUCGCAGGAACAGGCGAACAGUAUUAUCUGCCAUUCAGUUGUAACUAGCGUUCUAACCGUCUCACCGGUUUAUGUUUGUGGCGUCGGCAUAAUCAGGAUGUAAAUUGCAGAUGAUUAUUCAAUCUUCUGCCUUUCGAUUAA